GAGGGGAAGAUGCCCAGUGAGUGCUUGAAGGAAGGCUACUGCAAAGCCCUGCAGACUUCAUUCUUUGAGUGUAAGAGGUCAAUGCUGGACACUAGGUCGAGAUUCAGAGGACGGAAAGGAUAUUGAGGAACCAUCUGAACUCUGAUGCCAUAUGGUCGAGUGAAUCCUGGAUGAGCAACUUGUAAGGAUUUAAUUUAAAGAGCUCUGCUUAUGGGUCAGUGUACUUGCAGCCUCUGACCUCUGAAGGAUAUGUCAAAAGAAGUUGGGUAGCAAAAGACUACCAAAUAUUAAAGAACACUGCACACUGACGCACAAAAGGAUUACCAUCUUAUCAGCAAAAUGUAGUGCUGGGGGGGCAAAAAAAACUGGAGCUGUCACUGGCUGGAGUUCUUUCUGGACGAAUGAGUGUGUGUGAGAUGUAAUAUGAAAACACUUAAUACAAUGAAUAAAAUGUAAAGAGUUUCUAUUAAAGUUUUAAUGAGGUUCCAUCAUUAAAAUACAUGAAUGAAA